AUGACCCGAGUGACUGCGCGAGGCCGCGUGCGCAACUCCACUGGCUUGGGACAUGCCGUGGGACGUACCGUGGCCGAGGUGGAUGGCCAGCGGCAAGGCUCACUUGCAUUCGAUCGGUCAUUCUUCCUUGCUUUCGCUACCUCUUUCCCCUGUCCCCCGGAGCCGGAGCAGCUGUCCAAGUUGGCAUCGAUCCUCGUCGGGGUCCUCGUGGUCAUGUUGUGGGAGGUGCUCUGCACAUCUCUAACUGCCGAUAAGCCGACCAUCCUCACAGAGCUGGCGGGUACUCUCUUUCCCCAGGGCCAGAAGGAGGAGGAGCCCAACCAGCGACAGGGGCUUGCCUCGGUUCUCUGCCAGAAAAUGGACGAGUUUUCCAAGGAGAAUGCCAAGGCUCAUUUCUGGUCCGCGCGCACCUGGUCGCGCGAGAUUGAGGUCAAGGAAGAAGUGAGUGCCUGGGAGCUGGAGGAAUCUUCUUGCGGUCCUGCCCGCUUCCUACCGCUGCCGGGCAUCUCGGUGCUGUUUUUCGCCGAGCACACCAUCACCAAACAGCAGACCGAGGGCAGCAUCGACGUCACGCUGCUCCGUGUUGGGGACCUGAGCUGCGAGGUGAGCGUGAAGCUCGCCACCGUCGUCGGCACCGCCAAGGCCGAGAACUGCUUCAAGGAAGUCAAGGGCUUGGCAGUCUUCCCUCCGGGCGCCAGCUCCGCAACCUUCUCGGUGGAGCUGCUACCUCACGACGGCUUCAUCUCCCAGCGCUUCUUCGUGGUCCACGUGGAGCGCAUCAUCGGCAAGGCCACCAUGGGCGGCUGCUUCUUCACCCGCGUGCGGCUGCUGCCCUCCGGCGUCUGGCCGCCCGGGCUGCUGCCUGAAGACGUGGAGAACCCGGCUCCCACCCGCUUGGCGAGGUUGAAGAUGGUCUGGGCAUUUGCCGCGAUGCUGCUUCGGCGCCGAGGCAUCAAGCUAUGGAAGGUGCUUGCUUCCAUCGUAUGGCUGGACUUCCACGGCGUGGUGAUGAACACGCUGCUCCUAAACUACGCGAUCUACGACUUCUGCCUGACGAAGGCGAGCUUCGAGGCGGCGUGCCACCGUCUGCCUUUCAUCGUCCUGGCGAAGUUGGUAUUGGUGUGCGUGGACAGGUUGGCCAGCCACGUGAAGAGCGCCAUGACAGGGAACCUCUCGACCACGCGCCUCCUCCAGGAGGUGGUCUUGCACAGGUACCUGCAGCUGUCCAGUGACGUGCUCCAUCUGGGCACCUUCCUGCACAUGCUCUUUGACACUGUGCCGGAGAGCGUGACAUACGGCUACAAGACCAUCUUCCAGCUGGCUCACAGCUCGGUGUCCAUGGUGUUUUCGCUCUUGAUGGCGAUUGUGGUGCAGGUCCUCAAGGGCGAAGUCCCGCCCAGGGAUGCCUGGCAGCCGCUGCUGUGGAUUCUGGUGCCACUGCACUGGACUCUGGCAAUCAGCGUUUGCCAGCGGCGGAGUUCGUUCAACCGAUGGGCCUUGGCAGUGCGAGAUUCCGACAUUGAGAAGACCAGUGCCAUGGUGGACUUGUUGAACUGCCGACAGUGGCUGCGAGCCUACGACGGCGCGUAUCCUGUGCAGCACGUGCGCAGCACGUUUGAUGACGCGUGGUCCAAGUUCCUCGAGAAGCGGACAACCUUCGUCAUAUACAAGAAUGACACCCAGUGGAUGGCGCGCUACAUGGGAGAACUCACGAAGGUCCUGGGGAUCCUUUUCGGCGGCUAUGCAGUCGUGCAACACCAGCAGAGUGGGGAAGGCCACAUGACGAUCGGCCGGUUUACGGUGUUCGUCAGCCUGUACAAUAUCAUUGUGGACGUGCUCUACAGUUUCAUUGAGGCAUGGGACGGCCUGGUCUAUGCGGGGAUACUUGUGGAGGAGCUUGCCAAGUUCAUCAACCGGCCCAGCCGGUGGCUCCACCAUCUAUCCGACGAGCCCGUCGACCCGCAGGAGCAUCCGAUAAUGCAAGGAUCCUUCACCAUCAAGCUGGAUUCGAUAGGCGUGGAUCUGGAUGUAUCGCCGCGAAAGCAGGGGCGGAUGGAUGCGGGCAUCCCCUUGGGCCGCACCUAUGGCCUGCGGACCCAGAACGACGCCAGCUCCCUGCGCCGUCAGCUCGGUGAGAUCCUGGGCGGACUGCGGAUCCCUUCUGGAAAGAUCGACCUGGUCAGCUGCGCCAGGUUCUUGCUGCUCAAACCUCCGGUCACCUUGGCUGCGGGAACCGUCCUCGAAAAUCUGCUGGCCAAUGCGGCCGCUUGGGUUCGGGCCAGUGACGUUGUGGCACUUCUGGCCCUGUUGGGCAUUCCGCUGCCCCCGCCUGCUGGGGCCCAGCCGCGGCACGCACUGGACCCAGCCGCCCUGCUCCAGGCCCUGAGAGACGCCGCCGACCAGCAUGGGGCCCCGUCCCCCAAGCUGAAGAGCGAAGCGAUCCACGCCCACUGCACCUGGUUCCGUGAUCGCUGCCUGGAGUCUGACAUCGAUGUGUUGUCACCAAUCGCACGCGCAGAGGAGCUCCUUCAGCCCUCCGAGAAGUUCCUCUUCGACAUCGCUCGCGGCCUCCUGGCGGACCCGGAGGUGUUGGUGGUGCAGGAUAUUCUGGGGGUGCUUCCGCUGCCCCUGGCGCGGAACGCUCUGCAGAUCCUCUGGCUGUGGCAGCGACUAGGAGGUCUGAAGGGGGUCAUCCUGGGCUUGGAGGGCGGCGCCCCAGCGCCUUCGUCCUCUUUUCCUGCGUGGCUCACGCCCUGCGGUGGACUCCCCCGCACCGUGUUCAUUUCAGAGUCCGCGAUCGUGUGCGCUGGGCUUCACCUGAGCCAGCACAUUGACGCCUGGCUGCUGUUACAGCCCGGAAGCUUGGAAAUCGUUGAGGGCGCCCUCGACGACUGA